AAAUCUCACGUACCCCCUGCAAUACUCCAACGUACCCCUAGGGGUCCGCGUACCCCCAUUUGAGAACCACUGCUUUAGAAGGUCUUCAGAAAGUAGAGCCUGUAAAUAUGAUUGGUCAGACCACAUGGUGAGAUAUGAUAUGCUGUGGAUUGUAUACUUAAUAUCCAAUUGAUUUUUUAAAGAUGAUUUAACUUGGAUGGACACAUUCAUAUUUCAUUCAAUUAGAAACAUGUUGUUCACUCUAGAAGUAGCAUUAAACAGGCAUCACCAAUUCUCAGUCCUUUACCGGCCUCGAGUGGCAACCACUACGAACUUCAACAACAUAAUACAUUUCAAACAGGCAGAAGGGAGAAGCAUUUAUUGUCUCAUUGUACAUGUAUAAUGACAUUAAAGUAUUCUAUUCUAUUCUAUUCUACAAUGGUAUGAUGCAUUUAACAUAGGUGAACAAUCACUGCUAAAUUUGAUUGUUUUCCUUAAUUAUCUAGCUGUCUUUAAGAAAGAAAGAAAAAUGUGCUAAUGAACAAAGUGUAAGCACGUACAUAUUCAUAGAUGCACACGUGAACUCACCGUUAUCUUGAUGAAACUGAGCGUUGUUGAUUCAACUUAAUGAGCUAGAUUUUGCAGGAUGUAAUGUGUGGUUCUGUUAAACUCUAUACAGAGAGGUGGCAGAGGAACAAUACAAUCCACAAACUGCAGCCUCUAAAAUGAUAAUUUCGUUGAAUCAAGAAUGCUCUAAUUGUUUCAACCAGAACUUAACUUAACUGAAGCACAACAAGUCUGAUUUAUUGCAGUGCUGAAUUGAACUGGAUUAGUUUCAGCUGAAUGUGCCUUAUAAUCUAGCAACAUCAUUUAUGGUUUACACAUAUAUUAAAAGGGGGGAAGAUGUGGGAGGAGGAUUGGAUCAACUUAACUGCCUAUUAAGCAGAACCCAUGAAGUAAUCAUUCUAAUCAGACAUGAGCUAAUCAGCUUGAAUACAGUAGUUGUUUGCUAGCACUGAAUGUAAUCAGAUCUCAGAGCCUUUAUCUAUCAAGCUCCUCUCCUGUGAAGGCCCACACCCUCUCCACAUCUAAAGGCCCUGACACACCUACCCCAUUUUGGGAGUCAGAGGCCGUCAGAGGCAGUCGUCCUGUUGCUCUCCCCGAGGUUUCUUCCCCAUUAUUAUUAUGGAAUUUUUCCUUGUGCGCUGCAAGGGUCUAAGGAGAGAGGGUGUUGUGUACAAACUGUUAAGCCCCUGUGACAAAUGUAUGACGGGGAGGUGGUAGCAGUGGAGGUGGGGCGCAUGUUGAGGUUGGCUGAACAAUGUCUAGAGCGAGUCAAGUCUUUCAUAGGGAAGAGAGCUGACCUCUCUGCCUCCGGCUCCGCUCCCUUUUCCUCUUCCCCUGGCCAAUCAGAGCCCAACCAGACUGCUGUCCUCACAGACACCACUGCUAACCCUGUCACAGCCCCCUCAUCUGAUACUCCUGUUGACACAGGGCAUAAAACAACCAGCCCGACAAAGACGGGUCACUACAGGGUGUUGUCAGAUGGAACCGGGGAGCUCUCCUCUUUUCUGCCUCCUGAAGUCUUCCAGAGACUACAAACAGUGCAGUCACAGGACAUAAGCAAAAAGGAGCUGACACCCAUUGAAGAAGCAUCACGUUUGAACCAGAAGUUGAAAGCCAAUUAUGAAGCUCGUCUGGCAAGGCUCCCCCCUGGCAAGGCCUACCAGAAGACGUCUUUGACGCUGUCUCUCCAGCGGCAGAUGAUGGAGAACCUCAUCAUAGCCAAAGCCAGGCAGGAUGCUCUCCAGCGGAAGAUGGAGGAGAGAAGACUAAGACUGCAGGAAGAGGCCAACAGGAGAUUUUCAGCAUCUGGGGCAGAGGAACAAGAGCAGCGCAUUCUCUAUACCAAUGUACUGGAAUAUGAGCAGGACCAUGAUUGGCCUAAACUGUGGAAAGCCAACAUGAAGAAAAAUCCUGAUGAUGUCACAUUAGUAUCAGGUCUAGUCUCCUACCUACUCAGCCGGGCUGACCACCCAGUGGUGAAUUUGCUAAGGAAACACCAGUACCGGGUUUACAACAGACUCUACCCCAUCGUCAGUAAAGGUCUCGUCCAGAGUCCUCCACGCCCGCUGACACCUUCUCGCAGCACUCACCUUCUUCACCCAGAGAAGAAGACGACCAGAGGCAGCAGUGUUGGCGGCCAGAGCUUCAGUACGGCCACCUCCCUCUCCCCCUCACUCUCUCACGACCACUCCACCAAUGAUGAGGAUGAGGUAGAGGAGGAGCUUCACUCACAGGUGACGGUGGAUCGGGAGAACUCGUUUGAAGAUCUGGAGCAGUUCCUGACCCAGCUGGACUGGGCCCCGCUCCACAGCAGCACAGAGGACUCGGAGGGGACCUGUGAUCCGUCGCUGCAGCCGGAGCAGGACGAGGGCAGCCUCCAGGAGCUGGAGAUGAGAGCGCUGACAGAACAUCUGAAGGCUGUAGUCAAAGACAUUCAUAUUGCAAUCGAUCAACUUCUGUCCCUGUGUUUGCUCUCCUUUGAGUGCCUCAACACAGCCAACUCUAAAGACCUGUGCCUGGCCAGCAUAGAGGAAGCCUUCUUCACGCCACUCUGGAGCGCGCUGGUGGCUCUCUUCAGGAGGGUCUACAGAGAAAGGGAGCAGGCCUUUGAGAUGAGUAUGAAGCUGUACCAGGAUGUUUCACCUGGAGAUGUUGGUGUUCCUUCCAAACUAUUCCCCGAAGACUCUGACGCCCAGCAAGGUUCCUACCCAUAUGAGUCUGCUGUGCAGGAACUGAAGCUCCUGCUCAAAGACUGCUGUCCACAGAGGAAGUUGGAAUGCAUUGUUAGGACAUUACGGCUGAUCUGUGCCUGCGCUGAGGACUACAGGUGUCUUCAUGAUGUGGACUCCACACCAAAAACAGCUGCCAUCGGUGCAGAUGACCUGCUGCCCAUCCUGUCCUUUGUGGCUCUGCGCUGCCAGUGUCCUCAGCUGGUGUCUGAGUGUGCUGCUCUGGAGGAGUUCAUUCAUGAAGGCUACUUGAUAGGAGAGGAAGGAUACUGCCUGACCUCCAUGCAGAGUGCCUUGGCCUACGUCGAGUCACUGCAACCAGGACAACUCCCUGCACACAAACUCGUAUGAGAAAGGCUGCUGCAGUCCGAGAGAUCACCCUCCCAGCAUGCCCUGCUGCUCUGCAGAGAGAGCAGCUGAACCUGCAGCUCCCUGCAUGUUCUCCCACUGACUCAACCAGUGCCUAGGAGCUGAUUAUUUAAUCACAGGCUGGGCUUUGUCUUCAUCCUGCCGCACUGCUGCAAGAGCUAGCACUGGAUAGUCAAAGGGACUGAAUGUGGGAGAGAUUGGAAUCCUCUUAGGGAACCUUUGGAAGUGUAGCCAUUGAUUAUAUGAAUGCGGACAGAAUAUAUUGGUAAACUAUAUUCCAUGCUAAUUAUUUUUUGUCUUCCCUGAAUAAGGAAGCCAACCACAUGUGCUUCAGUUAUAGCAUUUCAAUGUUUUAGGAAAGCCACUUGAAGACGACAAUGCCUAUUUGAAUCCUUAACUUUUAAGACAUGGCGCAGACUCAGACUCAACUAGAUCUUUAAGACUAUAAAAUAAGAAAUGUAUUUGAUGCACUUGGGGUGAGGCUAACCUCGAUGAUGGCUGAGUUUUGACUAGAUCUACUGGAGAAAGAGAUCUAACACACUGGAGGAGCACAGGGAGAACAGUGUAUAGUGUAUGUCAACAGUCACCAUGUUGGUUAACCUUUCAUUUACAUUAGGGUGAGGGUUAGGUGGUAGUGACUGAAGGUAUAAUGCAGUUGCACUCUGUCAGUGUGUGUGUUGCAAGCCUUGCCACAAAACGUCUAUCUUUUUAAUGCCAAGUUUAAAAAUCAACAAACCCUCCAGAGAUAAGGUAAACGGUAAACUCAUUGUCACAGCUUCUCACCCAUUUCCCAACUACCUCGACAUCUACACCGAAUUGGCACGCUUAAUAAUUGGAAAUGGAUUAUCCAUCGAUCUUGGGGCACUUUUCAAACUGUAGCUGUAUGGUAUUAAACAGAUGGUGUCAUGUUGAUUGGACGUGACGAGUUCUUUAGUGGUAUUCAACAUUUUUAAAAUGCAAUGAUGUCCUUCAAACUCAUUGCUUUUAAAAACAUGCAUAGUUGUAGUCCGUUACUGACGAAUCACGUUUAUUCGAUGGACUGUUCCCAAAACAUGAUGUUUUUUCUCUAGUGUGCUUUUGUCCAGUCCAGGCAGACAUUGGUUUGAAGUGCACCAAUCAGCUUGAGUUGUGGUUGCAUUAAUGCAUUUGAAACUUCAAAAUGAGUACCAAGUGUGCUGUUGUGGUGCCUCUAGAUAGCUGUAAUCAUGGUAGUUGAUGGCAGUGAUAUAAAAUGUACUAAAUGCUUAAUAAAUUGGCGGCUAAAAUCUGCAAAAAUAUUGUUUGGUUGUUUUGAAGACACACCUGAAGCGGACUGGCAUCCAGUGUAACGGCUUAAAAAACUGGAGUUUUAUAAAUUGUCCUUUUAUUUAGUUUGGUUUGUUGGCUUGCUUGAAUUGAAUUGAAUUUGUUUUAUUUCUGCAUGGGCCCAACAGAUGUGAAAAGAUGUCCUCAGAACUGUUUUGGUUUUAGUAACUACUUUUUGUGACUUAACGCCAAAAAAAAAAAGUAUGUCUAUGUAACACAUCUUUAUGUAAUUAUAAUUAAAAUGACUAACAUUUUUGCAAAGUGGAUGAAUCCACUUCAUUGAUGUAAUGUACAUGUUGGCAUUGUUUUUGAAAACGUUUGUUAUUAUAUAACAGUUUACUGUGAAAGGCUGGGAAUGUAAGAAUGACUGAUGAAUGUGUGUUUGAGAGAUGGGUCAAUAAAGAUAAUUAUUUAAAUAAA